AUGGAAGACUUGGACAAAGUCAUAUCAGUAAAAGGGAUCCCUUUCUUUAGCAAAAUCCAUAAUGUGGAGGCAAUCGAAAAAAUGUACGAUGAGUUUGAGAUUCGGGACAAAGAUGUCAUCAUAAUGACCUACCCCAAGUCAGGAACCCACUGGAUGAUAGAGAUCCUCAGUUUGAUCUACUCCAAUGGGGACCCCAGUUGGAUCAAAUCUGUCCCUGCUUGGAAACGCUUUCCCUGGAUAGAAAUGAAAAAUGGCUCUGAAUUAAUCAAGAAUAAGGAAGACCCAAGGCUCUUGACUUCCCAUCUUCCAAUCCAUCUUUUCCCUAAAUCCUAUUUUAGCAGCAAGGCCAAAGAUCUCAAGGUCAGUGUGGAGAAGAUUUGUGAAUUCCUGAAAAAAAAGUUGAGUGAGGAAGAAAUAAGCUCAGUCUUAGAGAAUGCCUCCUUUCAAGCUAUGGAAAAACAUAAACUGAAAAAUAACACGCCAAAUGAAUAUAUGAAACCUUUCCAAGUGGUGCUGAUGAGAAAAGGAAUCUGUGGAGAGUGGAAAAAUUAUUUCACAGUGACCCAGAUGGAAACAUUCAACAAGCUAUACCAAGAGAAGAUGGAAGGGUUGGACCAGGACCUGUUCCCAUGGAAUCAAUGCUGAAGUUAACUGUGAAAUUUUUGGUGUGCUCUAAUUUGUUCAUAUUUGAUCUUCAUAUAAGAAAUAAUUCUUCCUCCUCUUCCUUAGCCCUGUUCCCCUACUUUCUCUCCUCUCUUUCUUUUCCUCUCCUCUCCUCUCACCUUCUUCUCUCUCCUCUCCUUUGCUUUCUUCUCCUCUCCUUUUCUCUCCUUUUUUCUUUUCUUCUUGCUAUAAUCAGCACAAAGAAAAGUAAUGUUAGAGACUCAGGGCAUCCAUAAUUCUUUCCAGAAGAAAACCUCCAGUGUGAUUCCAUUACUCAUCGUGUUAAUGCUAUCUUUGACAAUCAUGCUUUGAACAUUGGGAAAUGGUUUUUUUAAUCCUAUGACUUUGAGUGUUUCAAACAAAAAUGAAUGUUGAAUGUUGUGGGCUUUUUCUAUCUAUUGAUAUAAUGGUUAUUAUAAUUAUUUAUUAAUAAAUUAUGUUGAGAUUAUAUAAUGUUAAAGUUAUCUCCCUCAAGUAAUUGUAAUAAAUUCGAUCUGAUCAUGGU